AUGGAUCUAACGGACCGUCGCAACCCUUUCAACAAUCUAGCUUUUCCGCCGCCGCCGCCAUCGAGGACCUUCACAAGCCCUAUUUUCCCACGAGCAAGCUCUUCCGGCACAAACUUCCCCAUUAUCGCCGUCGCGGUGAUAGGAAUAUUAGCCACUGCGUUCUUGCUUGUAAGCUACUACAUCUUCGUGAUAAAAUGCUGUCUUAACUGGAACCAAAUCGACAUCUUCCGCCGCCGCAGACGAAGCAGUGACCAAAACCCUCUGAUGAUUUACUCUCCUCAUGAGCUAAACCGAGGUCUUGACGAAUCCGCCAUUAGAGCAAUCCCAAUCUUCAAAUUCAAGAAGCGAGACGCUGUUGCUGGAGGAGAAGAAGAUCAGGACAAGAGCUCUCAAGAAUGCUCUGUUUGCCUAAGCGAGUUUCAAGAAGAAGAGAAGUUGAGGAUUAUUCCCAAUUGCUGCCACGUGUUUCACAUCGAUUGCAUCGAUACAUGGCUUCAGAGCAACGCCAACUGUCCCUUGUGCAGAACCAGCGUUUCUUGCGACGCAAGUUUCCCUCUUGACCUAAUCUAUGCACCAAGUUCUUCCCCGGAGAAUAAUCCUCCUCAUCGGAAUCGGAAUCUUGAGCCGGAAGGUGUUAUAGGAGGCGACAAUGACUUCGUGGUGAUCGAGCUUGGGAACAGUGAUGGUAAUAACAGACAAAGCGUGAGAAACAGAGACUUCCGCGUGGAACAAGAAAGGGUUGUCUCGGACCAAUCGAUCAGUCCUUCGCCUAGAAAGCUCGGAAUGCAUAAGAAAAAGAGAAUAUGUCACAAAGUGACGAGUAUGGGAGACGAAUGUAUCAAUAUUCGUGGCAAAGAUGAUCAAUUCGGUGAAAUUCAUCCCAUAAGAAGAUCGAUAUCGAUGGACUCUUCAGUGGAUCGCCAGCUGUACCUGGCGGUUCAAGAGGCGAUUGGCCGGAGAAACGGGAAUAUUCCGGUGGUGUCCAGAGACGGUGGGGGUUGUACGGAAGAUUCUAGCAGUAGUGGUGGCGGUAAUAACAGAGUGAUGAAGAGAUGCUUUUUCUCUUUUGGAAGUAAUAGAGCUUCUAGAAGUUCCUCAAUAUUGCCUACUUAUUUGGAAUCCUAA